CCUGGAGCGACGUCUUCACAAUGUUACCAAUUACUUCCUCAUGUCACUUGCUGUGGCUGACCUGCUCGUCUCGCUGGUCGUGAUGCCCUUUGGAGCUAUCGCCGGCUUCCUCGGGUACUGGCCUUUCGGACUAGUGUGGUGCAACAUCUACGUGACGUGUGAUGUGCUUGCUUGCACGUCCAGCAUCAUGCAUAUGUGUACGAUCUCGUUGGGCCGAUACCUGGGCAUACGCAACCCGCUGAAAACCAGGAGCAGCAGUAAGAAAACGGUGGCCGUGAAAGUGGUCCUGGUGUGGCUCUUGGCGAUGCUCAUCACGUCCUUCAUCACCGUGUUGGGCAUCGUGGACACGGCGAACAUCAUGCCCACCGAGGACGUCUGCGCCAUCAACAACCAGGCGUUCUUCAUCUUCGGUUCCCUCUGCGCCUUCUACAUCCCCAUGGUGAUCAUGGUCGUGAGCUACGCCCUCACCGUUCACCUGCUGAGGAAGAAAGCGAAGUUCGCAAGCGACGCCCCGGCAGGGAAGGCCCGGACGAUGGGUCGAUAUCGGUCCGUUCGUCGCAAGCCGCAGCAGCCGCCGCACUCGUUCACGUUCACCCCGAGGUCGUCCUAUCGAGGGACCUACUCCAACGGCCACACGGGCCACUACGAGUUCUCGAACAUCCACAAGUGCGAGCAGGCCACGCAGACGCCCGAGUCCAUCGCCCGAGAGACGAGGAACUUUAAGUUGAAAGCUCUCCGGCUACAGCUGGUGGGGACGGCCGCGUGGCACCUCCGCUUCUUGCCGUCGAGGAAGAGAGACGCCCUGGCUGCCAACGCCGUGGCCAACGAGCAAAAGGCCUCCAAAGUCUUAGGACUCGUAUUCUUCGCCUUCGUCAUCUGCUGGACUCCCUUCUUCAUCCUCAACAUCUACUUUGCCGCGUGCCCCACUUGUCAGGUCUCGGACCACCUCGCUAACGUGUGUUUGUGGCUCGGCUACGUCUCCUCCACAAUUAACCCAAUCAUUUACACAAUCUUCAAUCGAACAUUUAAAGCUGCGUUCAUCAAGAUUUUAAAAUGUGACUACAACUUUGAUCACCGUCACGUCAGGUCACACUCGAUGUCUGACAACAUGCCUGGACCCUACGGAGGGCCGACGGCAUCAGCUGUGGCGACCCCUUGCUCCAUACGCACGCUGUCUACUUAUGUCAAGAGCCCGAGUUACCCGCACACACUCACCAACCCGGAACAGGAACAAGAACACGAAUGUUAAACGCUGAUGCGAAAUCCUGUUCUCUAUCAUACGGAUCGUGUUCCUCAUGGAAGCAAAAACAGACGCAGAUUAAACAGUGUGAUUGUUACAUUAUCAUCUGUGUGCUCAAGAAUCCCGAGAGAUAUAAAGUUAAACAGUAAAUCAUGAUUGCCUUUCACGUUAACGUACACGCACAAGUGGUCAAAAUAAAUAUUGAUCUUCCAUUGUCAAUAGAAGGAAAUAGUUAAAACUGGCUGGAGGAACACAUAUUCCCACUUUAUGAAUGAACUACUUGUAUGUGCUUCAAGGUUUCCAGCCACUAACGUAUGUAUGUAUGCUUCCUUUGUUACACAGACAUAUUUAUUAUCCCCUUCAUGGUAUAACGUUCUGAUUAAACGUUUAUUUAUU